UCAUUUCGGACAUAUUGAUGAGAUUUUCAGAACUAGACAGGGAUUUUUAGGUUACGUUUUAUCUUCAGAUGUCAAAGUUAAUUCCUGGAAUAGAGAAACAAGAUUGAUCAAAAAACUACGCAACCAGUGCCAAGGAUGUCUGGAAUAAUAUCUGUUCUCAGCAACACUACCAAUCUUUUAAAAGAACUGCAGAGAGUAUUGCCACUCUUGACAUUCAGUCAAGUGAUAAACCCAGAAAUCGACACAAAUUUGAAACAAUCCAAAGUUAUAGUUGCCGAUUUCGACUUGAUUGGGCCUCAUUUGUACAACUUACCAAACGUGCAGUGGAUACAAGGCACUUGGGCGGGGACGGAUGCGCUUAUGCCGUUCAUUAAUAAAAGCGAUCCGCCGAAAUUUCCAAUCUCGAGAUUUUCCGGAGAUGCUUUUGGUGCCCUUAUGGGAGAAUAUGUUUUAGCCAAUGUAAUCAACUAUGAACGGGACUUUUUCAAAGUCAAAGAUAAUCAAAGGGAACAAAUGUGGUCGACAGACGGAAAAAUUUCCGAUUAUAGGGCGAUUGGGGAUAUGACUUUUGGUAUACUGGGUUUAGGAAAUAUUGGAAGCAGGAUAGGGAAAAUUUUACAGGGUUUAGGAGGGACAAUUUAUGGGUACGGAAGGAAACCAACCAUAGAUAAAAAUGAAUAUGAUUUUGUUGAACAGUACUUCACUAAAUCAACUUUGCCUUGUCUUUUGAAAAGUUGCGAUUACAUAAUUAACGUAAUGCCAAAAACUAAUGACACAACAGACUUACUAAGUGGGGAUAUUUUAAAAAAUUGCUUGGAUAAGCAAACCGUUUUUAUCAAUAUUGGACGAGGAAAUAUAAUUUCAGAAGAGUCGCUCAUUAAAGCUCUGAAAGAGAAUUGGAUUCAGGCUGCUAUUUUGGACGUUUUCGAAGGUGAACCACUGAGUAAGAAGAGCGAAUUGUGGAAUUUACCCAACGUUUUUAUUACGCCCCACGUCUCUGGACAAAGCAGAGCGAAGGAUAUUGCUGUGCAGUUUAAGAAGAAUUUAGAACAAUUUGAAAAUAACAAAACGAUUCCAAAUAUAAUAGAUUUCCAGAAAGGAUAUUAACAAGAUUUAUGGCUAAUAAUUUAGUUAAAUAGUUACAAAUUAUGUAUAUCUUUUUUAGAAUUAAAUGACUCAAAGCAAACAACUCGGUUUAUUUUGAAAACCCAGCGGAUUAAUUCAUAUUUUUUCAGUUAAAUUAUAAUCUUGGCAUCAAAUCAAAAGUGUAGGAUGAUGGCGUAAAACAGCUGGCGUGCAGGUACACGUUUUGGUGUAUUUGCUGUUUUAUGAAUAAGUGUCUUAUUUUUGUAUACUGUAGUAGUAAAA